AUGAAAUUCACGCACGCGACGCCCGUGACGGUCUCCCUCACCGACCUCCAACAAGGCACCGUCCCCUUCUCGACGCUCUUGUCAGCGUUCGGCCCCUCCUCCCUAGGAAUCCUCGUGGUGACCGACCUGCCGGACAAAUUCGCGCCCCUCCGCCAGCGCGUGCUCAGCAACGCCUCCCGCAUCGCCCACCUGCCCGCUCAGACGCUCGCGUCUCUCACCAACCCGGCCGCGAAAUACCUCGUCGGCUGGUCCCAUGGCGUCGAGACCUUGAGGCCCGGCGUCGUCGACACCGCAAAGGGCAGCUACUACAUCAACUGCGCGUUCUACAAGGACAGCGCACUCGACGGUGCGGACGGGGCCAAAUUCCCAGGCUUCGAAGAAUAUACCGCCCCGAACGUAUGGCCGCCGGAAGAGGAAGACGAAGACGAAGACGCCGACGCCGAGGACAACAACCACGGCAAUCAGGGUGCAGUCGCGGCGGCGAUGGCGUCGGUGCCCGGGUUCAGGGCCGACGCCGAAGACCUGAUCAAGCUGAUCAUCGACACGGCCGUGCUGGUGGCCCGGGCGUGCGAUCGCUUCGCGGAGAGCGAGAUUGAAGGCUACGAGAGCGGAUAUCUGGAGCGCAUGGUGCAGCAGAGCGAGACCACAAAGGCGAGGCUAUUGCAUUAUUUCCCGACCGGGUCUGAGCCCGAGGCUGAACCCGCGCACGAACCGGAGGCGGCGAAGAGCAAUGGGCCCGCCGUCAACGGCACCACAUCGGACGGCGAAAAGACACCGCCACAGCUGGAGAUAGACGACUCCUGGUGCAGCACGCACCUCGACCACGGGUGUCUCACGGGCCUCACGUCCGCCAUGUUCGUCGACGAAAGCUCUGGGCGCUUGGACGAACUGCCAUCGAGUCCCGAUCCGUCGUCCGGUCUGUACAUUUUGUCGCGGAGCCAGGAGAUCCACAAGGUCGGCAUCCCACGGGGGGCACUGGCAUUUCAGACGGGAGAGGCCUUGGAACUGAUCACGGGCGGGCGGUUCAAAGCGGUGCCGCACUUCGUGCGCGGCGUGGAUGCCAAUAGUGUGCAGGGAAAGGGCAGGAUAGCGAGGAACACCCUGGCUGUGUUCACGCAGCCGAAUUUGGAUGAGGUGGUCGAUCUGAAGACCCGGUUGACUUUUGGCGAAUUCGCGAGAGGGGUGGUCAAGAAGAAUACCGCGAGUUGA